AUGCAGAUUUUCGUAAAGACUUUAACGGGUAAGACUAUUACCCUUGAGGUUGAGUCAUCCGAUACCAUUGAUGCUGUCAAAGCUAAGAUUCAGGAUAAAGAAGGAAUUCCUCCGGAUCAACAGCGUUUGAUCUUUGCUGGAAAACAGCUCGAGGAUAAUCGUACUCUUUCUGAUUAUAAUAUCCAAAAAGAAUCAACUUUGCAUUUAGUUCUUCGUUUGAGAGGUGGUGGUAAGAAACGUAAGAAGAAGACUUAUACCACCCCAAAGAAGAUCAAGCAUAAGAGAAAGAAAGUCAAAUUGGCCGUACUCAAAUAUUACAAAGUUGAUGAAAAUGGAAAGAUUACACGACUUCGCAGGGAAUGCCCAAGUGCUACAUGUGGUGCUGGAAUUUUUAUGGCAUGGCAUUAUGACCGUCAAUAUUGUGGAAAGUGUGGGUUAACUUAUGUAUUUAAGAAAGAAGAAGCCGAAUCUUGA